AUGGUCAACAACGACAGCACUAGUUCCGAGAUGAAGGCCGUGGUCAAGUCGGCCGACAUGGCCGAGCCUAUGCAAGAGGAUGCCAUUAAAGUUGCACAGGAAGCUAUGGAGAAGUGGAACAUUGAGAAGGACAUCGCACAACAUAUCAAGAAAGAGUUUGACAACCGAUUCGGGUCGACCUGGCAUUGCAUUGUGGGCAGGAACUUUGGCAGCUUCGUUACUCAUGAAACCAAGCAUUUUAUCUAUUUCUACCUCGGCCACGUCGCGAUACUGCUUUUCAAAACCGCCUAG